AUGUGUCUUACUGUUGCAUGUGAGGCUGUGUGUUGUGCAGGAACACAAAUUUGUAAUCUUGCUUGUUGUUGCUGUAAGUACUUUGCUGAAACAACCUUAAAAGAGCAAAUAAAAUUAGCUUACAUACUCUUAAACUAUUUAAUCAUGGCAUUUACUGUGAUUGCAUUGUACUACAUUUAAGAUUUUUAUAUCAAUUAUCUACAUUAUUUUGGAUGUCCAGAAGGAAUUUCGAAUUUAUGUUUGGGAAUAUCAGGCAUCUAUAGGAUGAGUUUUGUUCUUACAAUAUUUUAUAUCAUAAUACUAUUGUUUAUGUGUUAAAAAGGAUGGUUGGCUAAGAUGAUAAACGAUGGAUUAUGGUUGCUCAAAUUCAUAUUCAUAACAGUGUUUUUUUAUGGAACACUCUAUAUGCCAAACCGAUUUUUUGAAGUCUUUGUAGACAUAAGUAUCGUUGCUUCAGGGAUAUAUCAGCUAUUUUAAAUAAUUAUCUACAUUGAUAUUUUCUACUUGUGGGCUGAGAAGUGGGCAAGAAUGUAUGAUGACGGAAUUGAAGGAAUGGGAUCAGCUUUGGUAGCUGCAGCUUCAUUAACAUUUACAUUAGCUUUAAUCCUAAAUAUCUACAAUUUUAUUUGGUUCGAUCAUAAUUACAUCAUCAACCUUAUUAAUAUUGCAAUAAUAAUCUUAUUAACAGUAGUUUAAUUAUUUGGAUUCAAUCCUAACGGAUCUCUACUCGCAACAGGGUGUAUCUCUUGUUAUAUAACAUACUAGACUUUUAGUGCAUUAUCCAGUUAUCCAAAUGCAGAUAUCAAUAUAUUUUAUGAUUCUGAAAAGAACAUGAAAGUCUAGAUGUUCGUUAAUGGAAUCUUAAACUUUGUUGCAUUGAUUUACAUCAUAUUUGCUACAUAAGAACAAAGCAAAUAGGCAUUAGCAAUCUUAGAUAAAUCAAAUGAAAAGAAGAGAUCAAAUCAAAAUUCAAAUCAAUAGAUUGAAAUCGAAAUGACUUCUACUCAAUAAAUGAAUGAAGCUAAGGCUUUAAUUGAAUAAAUUGAAUUACAACCUUACUCGACCAAUCAAUAUAUUGUAUUCCAUAUUGUCAUGACCUUUUGUUCAAUGUAUAUGGCUAUGAUGAUUACGAAUUGGGGUAGUCCGAGCAUCAGAGUUGGCACUUUUGAAUUGUAUAUGCCUAGUCAACUCAGUUAUAAUGUGAAAAUAGGAUCAAGUUGGAUUUGCUCUGGACUUUACUUUUGGACUUUGAUUGCUCCAAGAGUUCUGCCAGAUAGAUUUAAUUGA